GUGCGGCGGCCAGUGUUUCUGGCGAACGUGUGCUGGGGAGGGUGUGCGUGUAUUUAUCUCGCUGUGUUUCUAUCGUGUGUCUUCUCUUUGUAUUUGCAGACCAUCACUAGGGACACAGUCGACAUCCAAGAGUCGUACAUGUAGCGUGGACACUAAGGAGAACAAUUUAAACCAUCCUAAGCCUUCUUUUACCCUGAUUUUGGCCGAGACUUCUUGAAAUCUGGAGUCUGUGAAGGCUUUUUAGGAUGACACGAAACUAGAUCACGGUCCCCUCCUGCUUGUUUCUGAGGAAAUAGUGAUGAGUGUGAUGCAUCUCACGCUAUGAGAGUGAACCAGCGGUCAAGAUGAUAAUCGUGGACAUGGUUGCAGGUGUCAAGUCACUAAGGUGCUGCCAACAUGCUGACGUGUCCCAACUGCCACCACGUGCUGGCGGCCCGGCCCUGCUGCAGCAUCACCCUCCAGUGUCCCGUGUCUGCCCCGCCCAUGUCUACGUUGGCUCCUCCUGCUGCAGGAGGGCCGCUCAUGGGCUCCUCCCUCGGCUCCGCGCCCCUCCACCUUUCCACAAACGCUGCGUCUGCCUCUGCAGAACAGCACCACCCCCUGCACUCCCCACAGCAGCCCCAGGCCCCGCUAGCCACGCCCCAUGUCAGCGGUCACAUGUUUCACUUCCCCACGCUUCAGAUGCCCGCCUUCGUGGGCUGUCACAGUCCCUGCCACAUGACGUGCCAGGGGGCGAUGCCCCCUCAGUGUGCGACACCGUGCAGGAGCCCUGCGGUGUGUGGCGGCGGCUGGCGGUGGCCAGAUAGUGGCGGCCGCACCCCGGAUCACAGUUUGGCCACGCGCAUGCACACCUCGGGGGGUGGCAUAGUUGAUGCGAGCAGCGUGGCCAAGGCGGGAGUGGAAGAGGACAGCGUGGUGGCCUCCACCCGCAGGGCUCUGGUGAAGAGUGGGUGGUAUUGGGAACGGAUUACGUGGCGGGAGGCUGAGGCCCUGCUGCAGGGCACCAGCCUGGGCACCUUUAUUGUGCGGGACUCUGCCGACAUGAGGUUCUUGUUCUCCCUGAGUGUGCAGACGGAGCGGGGACCCACCAGUGUGCGCAUCCACUACUCAGGGGGAAAGUUUCGGUUGGACUGCGAGGCGCACAUGGCCCCCACUAUUCCGGAGUUCUCUCACGUGAUCCGCAUGGUGGAGCACUACAUCAGAAUCAACCGGAAGCUUCAGCGACACGUGUGGGUUGACACUCGCGGCCAGAUCUACUCCCCCAUCACCAUCAGGCAGCCCCUGAAGCGCGACGUGGCGCCCCUCAAACACCUGUGUCGCCUGGCCAUCAACCAGUCCUUCCACCAGCCCACCACCUGCCUCCCCCUGCCCGCCCCCCUCGCCGCCUAUAUCGACGAGUACCCCUUCUGGUGCUAACAACACCCCCAUCCCCUUUACAACUUUUGAUGCUACAAUAGGUUCUUUUUUCCUAGGCAUAUGCAUGUGCGUAUGUAUAUAGUAAUGAUUGUUUAUAUUUAUUAUAUAAAUGCAUUUGGGGUCUGUGUAUAUACUUCAUGUGUAAGAUAUGUAUUUUUUUUUCUUUUUUUUUUUACAUGAAACCACAUACACGAGUGUUGCAUCCUGUCUUUACUCGCCGGGAGGAGUACGCAGUGGAGGCGUACGUGCACCGGCAUGUGUGGUUGGUAUGCAGACGUUAACACACACACACACACACACACACAAACAUUCAUUCAGAGCAUCGAGCAUCAGUAGUGGUCCGAUCCUCUCGUCUUCAGAAAGCAGCUCCUAACACACUGACUCGGUACGGAAGAAACAAAUGAAUACCCCAACACUUCCUGGCAGUGAACCGAGUGAGUGACUUGUAUACAGAAUUCCUGACACAGGUAUUUGUUUAUGAAUUACAGUGUGAUUGACGUUCUUAUUCUGUUCCAUUUUCUCUAAUGAAUAUUUAGCGAUCUGUUUUGAUAGCUAAAUUUCACACUAAUUUAUUUGUCUGCAACGAUACGAAUACGUUUCCCGGAACUUGGUGAGUGGCUAAGCACAGUGGCGGCAGUGUUGGUGGCACGCAUAGAGUGUAGGAUGCUCUGGAUUCAGGGCGAGAUGAGAGACGGUGCUCGGGGAGAGAGAGAGAGAGAGAAAAAGAGAGAGAGAGAGAGAGAGAGAGUACAAGGCUGCAUUACGUCAGGAUGAGAUGACAGGCAGUACACGGGAGUACUAGGGUGAGGUAGUAACAGACAGCGCAUGGGGCGAGUAUAUACUGUUCUGACGAUAAGGAGAGAUACCAGACGGUGCUUGGAGAGAGUACAAGGUUGUGUUGCGUUAGAGAUGAUAGGAGUACUAGGGUAAGGCAAUAACGGGCAGCGCAUGGGAGUAUACAUUGUUUUGCCGUUAAGAGGAUAACAGACGGUAUACGAAACGAGAACCAGGGUGUGGGGGAGAUGACAGGCAGUGCGCGGUAAAAGUAAAAGGUGUGACGGGUUAGGCUGAGGUGACAAACAUUGCAAGAAAGCAGAACCAGGGCAUGGAAGAGAGAAUCAGACUGCACGGAAGGAGAACAAGGGUGUGGCGUGUUAGGAUGGGUUGACAGGCAGUGCAAGAGCUGAUAUGCGCCGUGUUAGGGUGAAAUGACAGGGCGUGGACUUGGCAGGGCGAUGCUGAAUCUUCACAAAAACAUGGGCGCUCAUUAAUUGCUCUAAAAUUAUUGAUAAGCCACAAAAAAGAGAUGCGCCGUUUAAAUUAGUCACUCGAUGUUAUCUAUAUUAUUAUUAUUAUUAUUAUUAUUAUUAUUAUUAUUAUUAUUAUUAUUAUUAUUAUUAUUAUUAUUAUACAAGGCCAAGUAACUCAACGUAUUAUUUAAUGAAUUUUAAAGGCAUUGUUUAACGAUUCACUCUGAAUAUUUACGCCACGAAUCAGUCAGUCAAUCAAUCACCUUGUAUUAAAGCACCACUCUGCAACACGAAGCUCUGUCACCAGCUACAUACGCUUGACUUACUGAACUCCUUGUACGUACCGCCUCCCAAGCGCCUCCCCGCCCUCGUCUCCUUUUGUCUCUGGUAUUAUCUCACCAUGAGUGCUUCGAGUGAAGGCUGCACACGCACACACUCCACCCAAGAUUUAAAUUAUUGACAUGUAUCAUUGAAUUGUAAGUGACCUUUAAACUUCAUCAAGGCGAGCGGACAGAUAAGAGUAAAAGAUCCCCUGGUUGAUGUAUAGAACUUCUCGGAAUCGGACGGAAGGUCGCCACCACCAUUGCAAGGCCCGUGUCGCGCAGGCAAGGUGUGCGUGGUGCUACAUAUCGCGCAGGCUUCGAUACCUGGGCCACGCUGCGCCAUCUGUCUGCUGCGGUCUCGACGAGUAGCAACAAAAUGAAAUGCAAAGCUAGCAAAGGAGUUGAUCUCGUUCUCCACGUGCUUAGAUAAUAUGGAAGAACACUUUGCUUGUGAAUUCAUUAACCAUAAGAUGCAAGAGUCAAGCACAAUUCGCAGCAUUACAAGCAUGCAACUUUUUAUGACUGAGUAACACGAAGCGUGCGUCCAUCCCUUCUUACACGGGAAGCAGUGGGUUGAGUAACAGAGUGCACGAGACACUGCCUGCAAAAAAGGAGACAAGAAGGGGAAAAAAAAUAAAAUCGCUGCCCCACAUACUUGACACGGGAGAUUUCGGUUCAAGAUCCAUUUACAUUUUCUAGGACUUGAUACUCCUGCAUAAUAAUAAGAAUGAUAAGAAUUUUACAGAGUCUCCACUGUUCGCAUUUCCCGCUAGAUGGCUCUGACCUGACUGAGGCAAGUCUAAGUUGCCACUGCCGUAACAUCACAUAUCAGCUUCAUGUUAGUCAGUAUGUGUGUGUGUGUGUGUGUGUGUGUGUGUGUGUGAGAGAGAGAGAGAGAGAGAGAGAGAGAGAGAGAGAGAUUAGUAGAUGAGUUUACCAUUGCCCUCUCCAGACCGUUGCUAACAUUUACCGUCAUGACGCCACUGUGCUGAGUUAAUUCAUGCAAGUGCCAGGAAUAGCAACAGUUGUCUAUUUUCUCCUUUAUUCCAAAUUCCUGCCAGUUCCUCCCCCUCACAUCCUUAGCGGCAUAAUGAGUUACCACUUGUCAUGUGAUGUACAAUAUAUAGUCACGUCAAAGAAAUGCUGAGGUAGAUUUUAACAAUAUAAUCGGACACUGACCAGUAGAUAACAUUCAGCGUUACGAAAUAUAAUACAAAUGAGCUGCAAAACAACCGUAGAGUUUAAAACAACCAUUUCUGAAGUUAGUGUUUUCAUUUGUAAUUCAAAAGGCAAACAUUUCAACUUCACACUAAACACUGAGUUAACUUUUGUACUGUGGCGAUACAAAAACAACAGGAAUGAGCUGUAAAUCAGUGCUAGAAUUCAUAACAACUUCAUGAAAUCAAAUGUCGCUACUUUCUAAUUCAUUGUUCAAAAAACAGCAUUUUUAAUCGCACUCACUUAUCGCUGAGUAACUUUCGUAUUAUAACGAUUCGAGAUAAGUGCCUCGUUCAUAUGUGUAUCCCAGAAAGCAUCAGUUUAAUCACGUACUGACCAAUAAGUAUUUUUUUCCAUUAUAACGAAACAAAAAUUCGCGGAAAUAAAUUUAGUAAUAAAGUUAAUAAUACCAAAAGCUCCUGAAAUGUGAUGACAUGUAGCAGGUUGCCAUUCUUCGAACUGGGAAGUAAUGAACGUUUGUUGUGGGUAAAUAUCAAAAUAAUAAUGUAAUGUUUGUUUCACUUCAAUAUGGACAGAUUAGUGUUGCGUAGCGAGGAUACACAAAAUCGCUGCAUUGUUACUGGUGAUGUUUAUAAUGUUGUGUUUGAAUUACCUCAGGAUCUCACGCACGCUGACGGGAAUGAAAAACUAUUAUGAGGGUCCAAUCACUCAUACACACACGCACAUAGGACCAUAUUAUGAAACGCUUCUGCUCUCCAUCCCGACUACUUCCAUAGGGCUUACAAGUUGAAGUUACACGGGUUUUUAGUGUGUGUUUUAUUUAUCAUUAUUAUUAUUAUUAUUUUUACGAUUCUAAUGACAGAUUGACAAGAUUUCCUCAUUAUUAACAGAAGAAACACUCUUGAGAACCCGGCUUAUCAUCUCUGAGACCUUCGAAAAAUAGUCGUGUUGAUAGAGGAAAGCGUUUCACAAAGCGGGCCAUACACAGAAGUUUGAACUGAACAUGCCAUUGAAAACAGGAAUGUAAGUACAGUUAUUAUGAUUUUACACUUGUACCAGUAGAGGAAGCCUUCAGCCAUUCAUGUGACUUAGAGCUUCCUUGUUUCAUAGACUGCCCAUACAAGAGUCCAAUACCCUUAGGUUCAAGCAGUCCUCAAGUAGCGAGUUAGAGUUUGGAAAGGAGUGCAGGUGUUGUGUGAUCCGGGACUGCACUCCGGAAGUUUUAGCGCUUAAUCUCUUCUAGUUUGAAUAGGCUCUAGUGGAAGUUACUGUGGGAGGGGGGGUUCAAGAAGAUUUUCAUGAUUCCAGCAAUAGUUCAACAAAGAUCCUGCAUCAUCAGCAGAAACAAAACAUCUAUGAGAACCAAACCAAUCAUCUUGGCCUUUGAAAACAAUUUAAAUGAGAAUCCAAAGCGUUUAAAAAAUUAUGAACUCUCCGGACUGAUGUUGCAAGUUUGUGAGUCACGUGACAAUCCAAGCUCAUCAAGGCUUAAUUUUCAGAUGCUGAUGAAAUGUAUAACAAACCCAUAAGAACGCAAGGGGAAGAUACAAGGAGCUGGUAAUCUUACAGGGGGCUACGCUAUUCAGUGUACCCCAGAUUUAUGUCGAGAACAGCUGAAAUGCGUAAUCCAGUCUUGUUCAGCAAAAUAUAAGGUAAAUCCAUUGCAUUAAGAGAAUAAUUGUACCUGGAAAAAAAAAUAGGAAAAGGUAUAAAUUUGAACUUUCCCCAAAUAGUUUAUUGUUAUUUAACUUUGAAUCACACCGAAGCUGGAUAUGUUUUGGGAAUCAGCGUAGUAGUACAUACGGAACAAAGAAAGACAAAUGAGUAGGAAAGCUCGAGAGGGUAACUUAAGCUGAAGCAGAAGUAGCAUUAAUUCACGUACAUUUCAACUACAGGUCCUUCUCGAAGCGUAAAAUAUUAUAGUACUGUAUGAAUUUUCCACAACUUUCAACUGUAGGUCCUCCUCGAAGCGCAAAAUGUUAUAUUACUAUAAACUCUACAUUUCUUAACUACAGAUCCCUCCUCAAAAUGUAAAAUACAAUAGUACUACAAUUUUCAACUCCAUAUUCUCUAGACGUGAAAUAUAACAGCACUUUUUAACUCCUACAUCUCAACUACAUAUCCUAGAAACGCAAAAUAUAAUAGUAACUUCUACAAACUGAUACAUUUCGAUUCUAAGGAGCACCUGUAGACGAAACGUAAGACAAUAUAAUACUCUGCUCCUGCUUGAGUCUCUGCACCAGCUCUCCUGCUUCCUCCUGCUGCUAGGGAGUCUUGACUUGAUUGGCACGUGCUGUACAUUUCACCAGGUGCCAAAGAAUAGGAGAUUUACACUUACACUUGCGUUCCGUAUACAGUUUACGUUUGGCGAAGGGAAGGGAAGAACUGUUUGAGACAUUCAGUUGAUCGCUACCUUGAGUUAUGUUUCUCUCUUUUCCGUAAGAUAUUAAUGUUAUUUUCUUCCACUCGUUUUUAUCUCCAUUGAUUGAUUUAUUGAUUUAUUUAUUGAUUGAUUGAUUGAUUUUAUUUAUUUUAUUUUUUUUUAUCUUUUGGGUAUUUUAUGCAUAAGGGACCAUCAACUCUGCACCCUUGUUUAUUUUUUGGUUCUAUGGGAGAUGUUAAUUAUUAUUAUUAUUAUUAUUAUUAUUAUUAUUAUUAUUAUUAUUAUUAUUAUUAUUAUUAUUGACUUCUACAGGGUUGUGUAUAUAAUGAUGUCCUCCCUUCAAUGAAUUCUUCCAUUUUUUAACUCGAUGAUGUAGUUGUAAAGUACGUGCGUGAAUCGUAGAGAGAGAGAGAGAGAGAGAGAGAGAGAGAAUAAUAAAAGCAGAAUUGUUGUUUGACAGACUAGAGUUUGUGAAAUUUGUGCUAGUGUGUGUGUGUGUGUGUGUGUGUGUGUGUGUGUGUGUGUGUGUGUGUGCUUAACUCAUUAUAAUUUUCAGAGAAUUCAGUCAGUCUCGUUACGUCCUGUCCUUCUGUCUUUUUUUUUUUUUUUCUUUUUUUGGUGUUUUAUAUUCUUUUGUUUUCUUUAAAAAUGUGAAUGUUUUUGGCACACUCGACUUGUAAUAUUUUCAUAACUUAUUCUUGUUUUGUUCCUUUAGGGAAAGCUGGAUUAUCUCAUGUAUGAUAUUGUAUAACUUCGCGCGCGCGUGUGUGUGUGUGUGUUGCAAAUGAUGGUGACGCAGUGGCAGUUUUAAUUUCCGGUGGAUAUGAAAGAGUUAUGUAAAGUGUGAAGAUGGAUUGUAAUUCAAAUUUUUAUUUAACGUACUGAAGGGAAGUUAAGUGUAUCAUAUACAAUCAUCUGGCAGCUUAUAUUGUGUGUGUGUGUGUGUGUGUGUGUGUGUGUGUGUGUGUGUGUGUGUGUGUGUGUGUGUGUGUGUGUGUGUGUGUGUAAUCCUUAAGUUGGGUUGUGUUCAAAAUCUCGUCGCUUGCAUACACACGUAAAUAUGAAUUAUUUUCACGUCCUGUAAUUUAACACAUUAAUUCAAAGCAAGAAAACAGAUGACUCUUCUUUCUUACAUGGAACUGAAGCUCGUCACCAAAAUUUUGAGACAUGGUUACGUUUUUUGUUCUUGUUUUGAUUUUUGUUUUGUUUUGUUUACGUUUGUUUAUCACACCUUGUUACGUCAUGACUUAUUUAUGUAUGUCACCAAGAAUAUUGUUCCCGUAAAUCGUCUUUUUUCCCAUGUUACAGAUUGAAACUCUGCCCCAAAUUAUUAUUUUUUUCUUUUCUUUAUUUGUUUAUUAACUAUACAUUGUAACGCCUCAAUUUAUCGGCAUGUCACCAAAAAUAUUGUUCCUAUGCCUCGUCUUCAAUACAUGUUACAAUUUGAAGCUUGCCAUUGAAUUAGAAGACUUGAUAGCUUGAAUUUUCUUUAUGUUCAUCAGCCAUGCCUUGUAAUGUCAUAAUUUAUCGGUAUGUCACCAAGAAUACUAUUCCUGUAACUCAUCUUAUUCAAAUUGAAGCUUGUCACCAAAAUCAGAAGACUUGGUAGAGUGAUUCUUCAUUCGUUAAUUACACAUUGUAACUUUAUGAUUUAUCUGUAUGUCACUAAGAAUGUUCCCGUCAAAGUGGUGAUGUGAUGUAAAAUGUGUGAUGCAGAAGUGAUGCUUAUGAAAGGCCUGUGACGUGGCAAGAGGUGCUAGAUUACAACAGUUCUCAUUUUCCUUGUAAUGGAACUUUGAUAUUAAUACUGAAGUUGCUGAUCUGAUAUGUAUAGGUCGAAAUCAGCUUUGUAUGUUGCUGAUCUCAUAGAGAUUGUGUUAGACGAACCUAAAACUUAAUGAUAUGUAUGAAGAAUGUGUGUAUUUAGUUUUCUUUUUAAACAACUGCCGAAAGUUUGAUGAUCUGAUAAAGAUAUUUUGAGAUGAACACAAAAGCUAUUAAUCAGAUGAAAUCUUGUUUGAGAGAGAGAGAGAGAGAGAGAGAGAGAGAGAGAGAGAGAGAGAGAGAGAGAGAGAGAGAGAAUUUCGCCCUGACUGGGCAUUACAUAAACAUUUAUAUUACUGGGAAGAGGCCGUGGUGGCGAGGGACGGGUCGGGAUGAGGCGAGGGGUGUGUGGGUUGAUAAUGAGUUCCAAGAAGAGAGAUUUAGAGCGUUAAGAGAAUACUCGUAGUUUUUUUGUGUUGCGUUUCUUUUUCUCCAUGAAUGAAUUAUGUUAGUACACGACACGAUUAGAGAAUAUGGUAACAUUCAGGGCAUAUUUAUUAAGAGUAAUUUUAAGUUUCUAUUUUAUAUCGAAUAAGUGUGUACAUAAUUACUCUCUUUUUUUUCUAUCAAGAAUAUCAUCUGGCUACUCUGUUCCACGUCUCGCCCGCUGGUUGAGAAUCGGUGCCUGUGACUGAGGCCAAAACAUGUGUAAACGCAUCGAGAUUCCUGCCUUGUUUUGCUUGGUGGGAGUCCGCGAUAUUACAACAACACUGGCUAUCCAAUCACUAGGUACAUGAACUGUUCUCGGUGCCCAGUGACAGGCGCUUGAAUAAUCACAAAGGGGAUUAUACGAGUGAUACAUCUGGGUGAGCUCUGCAUGUUUGGCAAGUCUACCUCUUACUUAACGCAGAGUAGGUUGAACAUGACAAGGGGCGGGAGACUUGACUUGAUGAACCCAGGAAACUUAUGUUGAGGUAGUAGAGUAAAAAGAUCUUAUGGUUAAUUACUUACAUGAUGAUUUACUCUUGAAAAACGGGUAGCGAUGAGAAAAUAAAUGUCAGUGUAUGAUGACUAAGUGCGAAUGUAUUAAUAAAUAUUUAUUUUUG